AUGGAUCUCAGACCGCCUGUUGCCUUUCCGGUUAAGCGGGCAAGCUUCUCCGCUUCAAAUGACGCAUAUGGAACCUCAGCUAGCGCGGUGGCCGACGAGCCAGUCGCCCCUCGAGACAAAGUUCAUGAGAUCCCUAAAUUCGACCUUGAGCAAUACAUUGAGAACUACACCGGACGCACCCGUUUCAACCGCCUUUAUUUCAUCGGAACUACAUCCACCGUGCUCGCAGCUGACGCACUGAGACUCGCUAUCGCUGAAGCCAAAUCUGGCAAAGAUGUCAAGCUUUAUGAAAAGGCAGUUCGUGCUUUCGCAGAGGUCGCUCCAGGUGAAGAAGGUGCUUUUCUGGACUCGGUGUGGCUCCAGAACCUUCAAAAGAGCGUGAAAGCCCAUACGGAUCGAUUGGAACAUGAACUUCGUGGAUACAAGAACAAUUUGAUUAAGGAAAGCAUUCGCAUGGGCAAUGAGGAUCUGGGUAACCACUACUAUGAGACGGGUGACCUAUGGGAAGCGGCCAAGUCGUACACUCGCAUGCGUGACUAUUGCACCACCCCCAAUCACAUCGAGUCAAUGCUAUUCAAGCUCAUGGCCGUCUCUAUCGAGCGCUUCGACUGGGUUGGUGUGGAAGCCCAGGUGCACCGGCUGCAAAACAACCACACCAUGCCUGAUGUACUGAUGGAAACUCAGCCGAAGGUGGCAGUCUCACUUGCUUUGGCUCAAAUGAAGCAAGGGUCGUACCUUGACGCUGCUAAGACUUUUAUGAAUGUGCCCUCUACCCCGGGAGACGAAACCUACAAUGAUGUGAUCAGUGCCAAUGAUGUAGCCGUCUAUGGUGGUCUCUGUGCUCUGGCCUCUAUGGACCGCAAUGAACUGCAGGCCCGCGUCCUUGAUAAUAGCACUUUCCGUCCUUUCCUUGAGCUUGAACCUCACAUCCGUCGUGCCGUCGUGUUUUUCUGCAACAGCAAAUUCCGCCCUUGCAUUGAAAUUCUAGAGGCCUACCGUGCGGACUAUCUUCUUGAUUUUCACCUUCGGUCCCACGUCUCCGAGCUUUACAAAAUGAUCCGCAACAAGUCCAUCCACCAGUAUCUUGUCCCUUUCAGCAAGGCUAGCUUGGACUCCAUGGCUGCCGUGUUCUCUCCGGCUGAGGUCGGCCAACGAAUUGGGCUUAGCUCUCCCUUCCUCCAGGAACUUAUUAAGCUCAUCCAAGAUGAUGUUCUCGAUCUACGUAUCGACCUUGAGCAUGGAUUUCUGAUCAGAAACAAGCACGAUUUGCGAGCAGAGAUGCAGGCUGAGGCUUUGGAAAAUCUCGCUACUUUUAACCAAGAGCUUCACUGGCGCAUGCUGGCGAGAUCCGUGAUCGAUGCCGGCUUACAAGUGAGGUCUGCUCCUGAACCACCCCGGCGGCGGGUCUUGGAGCAUUCCCGCUUCCCUCGCCCUGGCUCGGGUUAA